UUACGAUUCAAAUUAUAGAAAGGAGAAAAAAAAAAAAAAAAACACCUUGGAGAUAGCAUAAAUUACCUAUCUCAUUAAAUGUUAAUUAAAUUUGUGGAUUUUUGACUGGGCAAGCAGACCCAUUGGAAAAUCCAGGGCCUUUCCUCUAUUACUUUGCUAAAUCCACCGUCUCUCUCGCGCCCAAUUCGCCUUCUCUAUCUCUCUCCCUCUUUCUCUUCGUCUCUCUCACCAGUUCUGGAAAAAUUUUCCGUCUUGUUUCGCCUUUUCAAUUUCUCGAUCAAUUUUCCUUCUUGUUUCCGAGAAAAUCAUAGUCAUUUUUUCGUAUCUUAUAUUUCCAAGGUUUGAUCCUCAAAAAUGAUUACUACAAUGCUUCUCUGAUUCAUUCUCACGUGUUGGGGGUAACUUGGUUUUGCAUAAUUUGAAUGAAUUUUAUAGUGUCAUUAUAAUGGAAGAAGAAGAUGAAAAGAAGGAGGUUGAAGAAAUUUCCAAGAAGGAUUCAUAUAAUCAUCAAGUAGUUGGUGGUGUACAGGAGGUGGUACCUUCAUCUGAUCAGGAGAGUAUUAAUAUUACUUAUGGAGAUGUAACUGAGACUGGUAGUAGUAAUGUAAAUUUGCAAGAGGUUGAUUCGGUAACUACCAUUGUAGAUGAAGAACAGUUUGAGCAGGUGUCUUUGAAAGAUCAAGAGAAAGCUUUUGGUGCAUGUCAAGAAAGUUCUGUGUGUUCAAAUCGAUCAUCUAAUUCAGACAAUGCAAGAUACUCAUCUGGUGGAUUUGAAGAUUCCUCACAAUUUUCAUCUGGGAUGUUUACGGCAGAAUUUGAUUCUUCCCCAGUUGAUGAAAUGCAACACUAUCACCCUGCUUCUAGCCCUGGGGACGGGAGACAAUUUGGUCACCCUAUUAAGUCAUCUACCUCAGCUACUAGUCUUGAUUCUGCUUCCUAUGAGGAUCCUGGGUAUUCUCCUAAUGAUUCACCCGUAAAAUCAAAGCCAAAAGCUGUCAUGCCAAAUGUGUCUCCAGAGUUAUUGCAUUUAGUGGAUUCUGCUAUAAUGGGGAAGCCAGAAAGUAUGGAGAAACUGAAGAAUAUUGUUAGUGGUGCGGAGAAUUUUGGAAGUGGGGAAGAAAUGGAGAGCAUUGCUUUCUUGGUAGUUGAUUCACUUAUUGCAACAAUGGGUGGUGUUGAAAGUUUUGAAGAAGAUGAGGAUAACAAUCCACCUAGUGUAAUGCUAAAUUCUCGGGCUGCUAUUGUGUCAGGGGAGCUUAUUCCUUGGCUUCCUUGGGCUGGUGAUAGUGAUGUAGUCAUGUCGCCUCGGACACGGAUGGUUAGGGGUUUGCUUGCAAUAUUACGGGCUUGCACAAGAAACAGAGCAAUGUGCACUAUGGCUGGUUUGUUAGGAGUUCUUUUAAGGUCGGCAGAAAAUAUUUUUGCGCAGAAUGUUGGCUCAUUGGACACAAUGAGAUGGGAUGGAACUCCUUUAUGUUACUGCAUUCAGUACUUAGGAGGACAUUCACUUAGUGUUAUUGAUUUGCAUAGAUGGUUACAAGUCAUUACAAGAACUCUUACAACUGUAUGGGCAACUCGCUUAACGCUUGCUUUGGAGAAGGCAGUGGGUGGAAAAGAGUCAAAGGGACCAGCAUGUAGCUUUGAGUUUGAUGGUGAAAGUUCUGGUUUGCUUGGUCCCGGGGAGAGCCGUUGGCCAUUUACCAAUGGGUAUGCAUUUGCAACAUGGAUUUAUAUUGAAUCAUUUGCAGACACAUUAAAUACAGCAACUGCUGCAGCAGCAAUAGCUGCUGCUGCUGCUGCCAAAUCAGGAAAAUCUUCAGCUAUGUCAGCUGCUGCUGCUGCCAGUGCACUUGCUGGUGAAGGCACAGCACACAUGCCGCGACUGUUCAGUUUCUUGUCUGCUGAUAACCAGGGGGUAGAGGCUUACUUUCAUGCACAGUUUUUGGUGGUUGAAAGUGGCAGUGGAAAGGGAAAGAAGGCUUCUUUGCAUUUCACUCAUGCAUUCAAGCCACAGUGCUGGUACUUUGUUGGUCUGGAGCACACUUGCAAGCAAGGGCUGCUUGGGAAAGCAGAGAGUGAACUAAGACUGUAUAUUGAUGGAUCAUUAUAUGAAACUCGACCUUUUGAUUUUCCUCGGAUCUCCAAGCCACUUGCAUUUUGCUGUAUUGGGACAAACCCUCCUCCUACAAUGGCUGGAUUACAACGUCGUCGUCGUCAGUGUCCUUUGUUUGCUGAGAUGGGGCCUGUGUAUAUUUUGAAGGAGCCAAUUGGCCCAGAAAGAAUGGCACGCUUGGCUUUGAGAGGAGGCGAUGUGCUGCCUUCCUUUGGUCAAGGGGCAGGGCUGCCAUGGCUUGCUACAGAUGAACAUGUGCAAAAUAUGGCAGAGGAAAGUUCUCUUUUGGAUUCAGAAAUUGGAGGAUGCCUUCAUCUCCUUUAUCAUCCCGGUUUGCUUAGUGGACGGUUCUGUCCUGACGCUUCUCCUUCUGGUGCUGCAGGUAUGCUUCGACGACCGGCUGAGGUUCUUGGACAGGUCCAUGUUGCUACAAGAAUGCGACCUGUAGAGGCUUUGUGGGCCUUGGCUUAUGGAGGCCCAAUGACUUUACUUCCUCUGGCAGUUGGUGAUGUGCAUAGAGAUAGCCUGGAACCACAAACAGGGAAUGUUUCUUUGGCUUCGGCCACUGCUGCUCUUGCUGCUCCAAUAUUCCGAAUUAUUUCAAUGGCUCUUCAACAUCCUAAGAACAAUGAAGAGUUCUGUCGUACUAGAGGGCCAGAGGUUCUGUCAAGAAUCUUAAACUAUCUUUUGCAGACUUUGUCGUCGCUUGAUAUGGGAAAGGACAAUGGUGUAGGGGAUGAGGAACUUGUUGCAGCUGUUGUCUCCUUAUGUCAAUCCCAGAAGACUAAUCAUUCACUCAAAGUUCAGCUUUUUAGUACAUUACUGUUGGAUUUAAAAAUUUGGAGCUUAUGCAACUAUGGACUCCAAAAGAAGCUUCUGUCGUCACUUGCAGACAUGGUUUUCACAGAGUCGUCAGUAAUGCGUGAUGCUAAUGCCAUUCAGAUGCUUCUUGAUGGCUGCAGAAGAUGCUAUUGGACAAUUCGUGAGAAGGACUCAGUGAAUACCUUUUCUCUUAAUGAGGCAGCACGUCCUGCAGGUGAGGUGAAUGCUUUGGUUGAUGAACUUUUAGUGAUUAUUGAACUUCUAGUAGUAGCAGCACCUCCUUCAUUGGCUUCGGACGAUGUCCGUCGUUUACUUGGGUUCAUGGUUGACUGUCCACAACCCAAUCAGGUUGCAAGAGUGUUGCAUCUGAUAUACAGGUUAGUGGUACAGCCAAAUACUUCCAGAGCUCAGACGUUUGCUGAGGCUUUUAUAACUUGUGGUGGUUUAGAAACACUUCUUGUUCUGCUACAACGUGAAGCCAAAGCUGGUGAUUGUAGUCUUCCUGACUCUAUGACAAAGAGUGAUAAAAGUUUAUCUGUCCAGGGACCUGAGCUAGAUAGUGAUAGCGGGGAUGCUGGAAAGUGUCAGGAUGAGGAAGAAAUACACUUAGAGGAAAAGGAGCUCAGUUCAAAUGAGAAAGUUGGUGAAUCCCAACUCUCUAAUUCUGGUAGCAGUCCUGUUUCUGUUUCAUCCAGAAUGAAAAUUGAAAGAAUGGCUUCUAUUUCUGAAAAUGCUUUUGUUAAGGAUCUGGGUGGUAUCAGUCUUUCAAUAAGUGCAGAUAAUGCAAGGAAUAAUGUUUACAAUGUUGAUAAAAGUGAUGGGAUAGUACUCGGAAUCAUUGGGCUCAUUGGUGCUCUAGUAUCAUCUGGUUAUUUGAAAGUUGGUUCACGUGCACCCUCAGAUGCAACAAAUAACCUUCUAGGCAGUGGGCUGCAUGAUGGAGGUGGUACCAUGUUUGAAGAUAAGGUUUCCCUUCUACUUUUUGCUUUGCAUAAGGCUUUCCAGGCAGCACCAAAUAGGCUUAUGACUAGCAAUGUAUAUGCAGCAUUGUUGGGGGCUGCGAUCAAUGCUACUUCAACUGAUGAUGGGCUGAACUUUUAUGAUUCUGGUCAUCGAUUUGAACAUUUUCAGCUUUUAUUGGUUCUCCUGCAUUCACUUCCAUAUGCAUCUAGAUCUUUCCAAAGCCGAGCACUACAGGAUCUUCUGAUUUUGGCUUGCAGUCACCCAGAAAAUAGAAGCAGUUUGACAAAAAUGGAGGAAUGGCCAGAAUGGAUUCUGGAAGUUCUUAUCUCUAACUAUGAGAUGGGAGCAAGCAAAAGUUCCGAUUCUGUGAGCCUAGGAGACAUAGAAGACUUGAUACACAACUUCCUGAUUAUCAUGUUGGAGCAUUCUAUGCGUCUCAAAGAUGGAUGGAAGGAUAUUGAAGCUACAAUUCACUGUGCAGAGUGGCUUUCUAUUGUUGGUGGAUCUAGUACUGGAGAUCAACGAGUUAGACGGGAAGAAUCGCUACCCAUAUUUAAGAGAAGGCUUUUGGGUGGCUUGCUGGACUUUGCAGCUAGAGAACUCCAGGUUCAGACUCAAGUUAUUGCAGCAGCAGCUGCUGGUGUUGCAGCAGAGGGAUUGUCACCAAAUGAUGCUAAGGCAGAAGCAGAUAAUGCUGCGCAGCUUUCUGUUGCAUUGGUGGAGAAUGCAAUUGUUAUCCUAAUGCUUGUUGAGGAUCAUUUACGAUUACAAAGCAAAAUAUCUUGUGCUUCACGGACUGCAGAUGGUUUAAAAUCUCCCCUUUCUCUUGUAUCUCCCUUGAAUAACCGCUCAAAUUCCUUGACUUCGAUUGGUGGAGGACCAUUUGACAAUAUGGGUGAUCGUAAAUCAUUAUCCAGUGAUUCUGGGGGAGUCCCUCUUGAUGUUCUUGCUUCAAUGGCUGAUUCUCAUGGGCAAAUAUCAGCCACAGUGAUGGAACGUCUUACUGCUGCAGCAGCAGCUGAGCCAUAUGAAUCUGUUUCCUGUGCUUUUGUAUCAUAUGGAAGCUGUACAGCUGAUGUAGCUGAAGGUUGGAAGUAUAGGAGCCGAUUAUGGUAUGGUGUUGGCCUUCCUUCAAAAGAAGCUGAAUUUGGAGGUGGGGGUAGUGGCUGGGAAUCUUGGAAGUCUGCAUUAGAGAAGGAUGCAAAUGGAAACUGGAUUGAACUUCCUCUAGUAAAGAAGUCAGUUGCAAUGCUCCAAGCUUUACUGUUGGAUGAGUCUGGACUUGGUGGUGGUCUUGGAAUAGGUGGUGGAUCAGGUACUGGAAUGGGAGGGAUGGCAGCUCUUUACCAGUUAUUGGACAGUGACCAGCCAUUCUUAUGCAUGCUUCGAAUGGUUCUUCUCUCAAUGAGGGAAGAAGACGAUGGUACAGAUAGUAUGCUUUUGAGGAAUGUCAGCAUAGAUGAUGGGAUAUCAGAAGGGAGGAAACCACGGUCAGCAUUGUUAUGGAGUGUACUUUCACCAGUUCUGAACAUGCCAAUUUCAGAUUCCAAGAGACAGAGAGUGUUGGUUGCAUCUUGUGUUCUAUAUUCUGAGGUAUAUCAUGCAGUAUCCAUGGACAGGAAGCCUCUUCGUAAACAGUAUCUUGAGUCCAUUGUACCUCCAUUUGUUGCUGUUUUGAGAAGGUGGCGGCCACUUUUGGCUGGAAUUCAUGAACUUGCAACUGCUGAUGGAUUGAACCCUCUUAUUGUUGAUGACCGUGCAUUGGCUGCUGAUUCCCUACCUGUCGAGGCUGCUCUUGCCAUGAUCUCUCCAGAUUGGGCUGCUGCUUUUGCAUCGCCACCUGCUGCAAUGGCCCUGGCAAUGAUUGCUGCUGGUGCUUCUGGUGGUGAUACUCCAGCUCCCACAACGUCUUCUCAACUGAAGCGUGAAGCGUCAAUGCUUGAGCGGAAACCUCAUAAGCUUCAUACAUUUUCAAGUUUUCAGAAGCCUCUGGAGGUACCUAACAAAUCACCAGCACUUCCAAAGGACAAGGCUGCUGCAAAAGCAGCUGCCUUGGCUGCUGCACGUGAACUUGAACGCAGUGCAAAAAUUGGUUCUGGAAGGGGUCUCAGCGCCGUGGCAAUGGCCACAUCUGCACAGCGGAGGAAUGCUAGUGACAUAGAGCGUGUGAAGAGGUGGAAUGUUGCUGAAGCAAUGGGAGUUGCCUGGAUGGAAUGUUUGCAGCCAGUUGAUACAAAAUCUGUCUAUGGAAAAGAUUUUAAUGCAUUAUCCUAUAAAUUUAUUGCAGUUCUUGUUGCAAGUUUUGCUUUAGCAAGGAACAUUCAAAGAUCUGAGGUUGACAGGCGAGCUCAAGUUGAUUUUGUGGCUCGUCACCGUUUAGGAAUUGGAGUUCGUUCAUGGCGCAAGCUCGUUCAUUGCUUGAUAGAAAUGAAAUGUCUUUUUGGGCCGUUUGGGGAACAAUUAUGCAUUCCUUCACGUGUCUUUUGGAAGCUAGACUUCAUGGAGAGCUCUUCUAGGAUGAGGCGAUGUUUAAGGAGGAAUUACAGAGGUUCUGAUCAUUUUGGUGCCGCUGCAAAUUAUGAGGAUCAUAUUAAGAUGAAAGAAGAUCAGGAAAAUUCUAUAAACUCUUCAAAUGCUCCUAUUCUGGCGGCUGAAGCAUUCUCAAUGGAAGCAGUAAAUGAAUAUGAUGAACAGGGGGAGACUGAUAAUAUGGAUGGCCAGGAUAGUAGGGUCCAUGGUUCGGAACAAAGUGAGGAUGGUAAGUCAAGACUAUCUGAAGCAGCUGAUCAAACACUGCAGUUACCUUUAGAAUGUGGUGAUGCUCCACUGGGUAAUGACCAUGGCACGCUCGAAAGUAAUACGGCAGUUGCCCCUGGGUAUGUUCCAAGUGAAAUUGAUGAAAGAAUUGUUCUUGAGCUUCCUUCAUCAAUGGUUCGGCCACUGAGGGUAAUACGAGGAACCUUUCAGAUAACAACUAGGAGGAUAAAUUUUAUAGUUGAAAACAGUGAGGGCAAUGCUGCAGUAGAUGGUUUAGAAAGUACAGAAUUGAAAGAUGAAGAAAAAGAUCGUAGUUGGUCGAUGUCUUCCCUUCAUCAAAUUUAUAGCAGAAGAUAUCUUUUAAGAAGAAGUGCUUUGGAACUGUUUAUGGUUGACCGUUCAAACUUCUUCUUUGAUUUCGGGAGUAUUGAAGGGCGAAGAAAUGCAUACCGAGCUAUUGUUCAAGCACGUCCUCAUCAUUUGAACAAUAUAUAUCUGGCAACUCAGAGACCUGAGCAACUUUUAAAGAGAACUCAGCUUAUGGAGCGCUGGGCUAGGUGGGAGAUCAGCAAUUUUGAAUACUUGAUGCAGCUAAAUACAUUGGCAGGGCGUAGUUACAAUGACAUCACUCAGUAUCCUGUAUUUCCAUGGAUUCUUUCCGAUUACAGUUCAAGAAGUUUGGAUCUUGCUGAUCCUUCUUCCUACAGGGAUCUUACAAAGCCAGUCGGUGCUUUGAAUCCUGAUCGACUGAAAAAAUUUCAAGAGAGAUAUAGUAGUUUUGAGGAUCCAAUCAUCCCCAAAUUCCAUUAUGGCUCACAUUAUUCGAGUGCUGGCACAGUGCUAUAUUAUCUUGUUAGAGUUGAACCAUUUACAACUCUCAAUAUUCAACUGCAAGGCGGAAAAUUUGAUCAUGCGGAUCGUAUGUUUUCAGAUAUUGCUGGUACUUGGAAUGGAGUUCUUGAGGAUAUGAGUGAUGUGAAGGAAUUGGUUCCUGAGCUGUUUUACCUUCCUGAGAUAUUAACAAAUGAAAAUUCAAUUGAUUUUGGUACAACACAGUUAGGUGGAAAGCUUGAUUCUGUAAAACUUCCUUCAUGGGCUGAAAAUCCUAUUGAUUUCAUCCAUAAGCAUCGAAUGGCUCUUGAGAGUGAGCAUGUAUCUGCACAUUUGCAUGAGUGGAUUGAUCUUGUAUUUGGGUAUAAGCAAAGAGGAAAAGAAGCUAUUUUGGCGAAUAAUGUCUUCUUUUACAUUACUUAUGAAGGGACUGUUGAUAUUGAUAAGAUCUCAGACCCAGUUCAACAGCGUGCCACACAAGACCAGAUCGCAUAUUUUGGGCAAACCCCAUCUCAACUUUUGAAUAUCCCUCAUAUGAAGAAGAUGCCAUUAGCGGAUGUUCUCCAUUUGCAGACCAUCUUCCGGAACCCAAAAGCAGUCAAGCCAUAUGCUGUUCCAGCACCUGAACGCUGCAAUCUUCCUGCGGCUGCCAUCCAUGCAUCUUCAGAUACUGUUAUUAUUGUUGACGUAAAUGCACCAGCAGCUUAUGUUGCACAACAUAAGUGGCAGCCAAAUACACCUGAUGGCCAGGGUGCACCAUUCCUCUUUCAGCAUGGAAAGGCUGCAGCAAGCUCCACUGGUGGAACGCUUAUGCGCAUGUUCAAGGGGCCAGGUGUUGGUUCUGAUGAUUGGCAUUUCCCACAAGCUUUAGCAUUUCCUGCAUCUGGAAUCAGAAGCUCAUCUAUAGUUGCUGUUACAUGCGAUAAAGAGAUAAUCACUGGUGGGCACGUGGAUAACAGUAUCAGGCUUGUAUCAUCUGAUGGAGCAAAAACCUUAGAAACAGCUUAUGGACAUUGUGCUCCAGUCACUUGCCUUGGUCUUUCACCUGAUAGCAACUACCUUGUGACUGGAAGCCGAGAUACCACUGUCUUACUCUGGAGAAUACACAGAGCAUUUACUUCUGACUCAAGCAGCAUAUCAGAGGCUUCCACUGGUAUAUCUAGUUCAUCAAGUGGUAGUAAUUUGUCAAGCAUGUUGGCGGAUAAAACACGGAGACGUCGUGUAGAAGGUCCCAUACAAGUCCUUCGGGGCCACCACAGGGAAAUUCUAUGUUGUUGUGUAAGCUCAGAUCUUGGAAUUGUGGUUUCAGGAUCCCAUUCUUCCGAUGUUCUAGUGCAUUCUAUAAGAAGAGGUCGGUUGGUCAGAAGGCUGGCUGGUGUUGAGGCCCAUUCUGUCUGCAUUUCCUCUGAGGGCGUUAUAAUGACUUGGAACAAGUCGGAAAAUAGUCUUAAUACCUUUACUCUUAAUGGGGUUAUGAUUGCUAGCGUUCGACUACCUUUCUUUGGCAGCAUUAGUUGUAUGGAAAUUUCUGUUGAUGGAGAAAAUGCUUUGGUUGGAGUAAAUUCGUCUGUGGAAAAUGAGAGUUACGGAAGUGGGAGCUGGGAUUUGAAGGCAAAGAAUUUAGGAUUUAAUGAUCUGGAAACUGAUGAGAAUGAGGAAAAGAACAGAUUGGAUAUUCCAUUGCCUUCAAUUUGCUUUCUUGAUCUGCACACUUUGACGGUAUUCCAUAAACUGAUACUAGCUGGAGGACAGAAUAUUACUGCUCUAGCUCUAAACAAGGACAACACAAAUCUUUUGGUUUCUACUGUAGAUAAACAAUUGAUAAUCUUCACUGAUCCAGCUUUGAGCUUGAAAGUGGUCGAUCAAAUGCUUAAGCUUGGUUGGGAAGGCGACGGGCUCAGUCCCCUCAUUAGAUCUUAGUUAUAGGCCAUACUGGAGAGGGAUUACAGAAGAUACCCCAUACUAAAUACCACUAGGACAAGGACUGCACAGUGCGUUGGCUGCACCCCUUCUGUAAAUCAACUCAUUCAAUUCAUUUGCAGUUCAGAGGCUUGUCUACGAGUGUAACAUAUGUAUCGGAUAACUGGAACAUCCCUAGAUGCCAUGAGAGUUCUAGGUCUUUAGAUAUAUUGUGGGGCUUGUUUUUAUUUAUUCAUUUGAGUUGUAAGUAUGUCACAUUGAAGCAUGGCAAAGCUUUAGGCUCUUGAGCUCUCUAGCAAUUCUUUUUUGUCAUUUUUUUCAACUAUUUUUUUGACAAAUUAGUGAAUGGAAAUAUAGAAGUUAAAUUCGUUCUUGUA